GCCACAAACGUACCCGCAUCCCCCUCUCUCUCAUUUGAGCCUUGAAUCGGUGUUGGUGGUGAAAAUGAAGGCAGCAGCUGUGGUGGCGGCGGCAAUAGUGGUAAUGCUGGUGGUGGUGGGGCAGGGGCCAGAGGUGGCGGCAGUGACAUGCAACCCAUCAGAGCUGAGUCCGUGCGCGGCCGCACUCACUUCCAAUACUCCCCCAACAAAGGUGUGCUGCGGCAAGCUCAAGGAGCAGCAGCCUUGCUUUUGCCAGUACCUCAAGAACCCUAAUCUCCAGAAGUUUAUCAGCUCACCCAAUGCCAAGAAAGUCGCCUCCAGUUGUGGGGUUGCCGUCCCCAAGUGUUAGAGAUAUAUAUAUUCCUUCUUCUUCCCUAUCUUCAUGCAUGGUUAUAUAUAUAUAUAUAUGAUUGAAAUGAAGAGGGAGAAUUCAUAAGACUUAGGCUAGCGUAUGUCUGGUUCUAUGUAUCCUCAUACAUGCCAUCAUUGUAUGAGCAUUAUCUAGCACCUAGUAGUUAUGGGGGGAAAUAAAGUCAGUUCUCUUGUGCUGAAUCAGUUCUUGCCACUCUAUGUACUAGUUCUUGAGAUAAUGGCACUAUCUUUAGUGGUGA